CAGUUGAUUUGAACACAGUAAUAAAUGAAAUAGAGGCAGAAAAGAAUCAAAACACUUUAGCCUUUCGAACAAUAAACAGUGAUUUUUAUGUAGACAAUGCACUCACUACAUUAUAUUUAAAGCAUAAUCUUCUCGAUCAACCAAAAUUAACUGAGAGUGAGAGAAAAGCAAAAGUCACUGAAUUAAGUGGAAAAGUUGGUGAUGCACGAAAAAAAGUUGGAAUAAAUAACAAAAAGAUUUUUAAUUUACAAGCCCGCAGAGAUAAUUUGUAUUUUGAAAAGCAAAAUCAAGAAAAAUUAGGAAAAAGAAAAGAACAGUUUUUAAAAAUUUUGAAAGGUGAUUUGAGUUCUGAUUUCAAAGAUCCUAGUGAUAAUUCAGAUAAGAAACUUAAUCUCAUUAAUUUAACUAUUAAAGAUUAUGCAGGUGAUAAAAUAUUAAAAAAAGAUGGUGAUGGCACUGUUAACAAAAGUGUCACUCAGUUAUUAAAUGAUGCUAGGGGAUAUCUGAAUAAUUUGAAAGAUUCUAAGUAUGAUUUAGAAAAAAAAGUUCACACUCCUCUUAUCCAGUCCCCUUUAUUGUCAGGUCUUUUCGGAGAAAGGAUGUAUAAUAGCAAAGGCGAUCUAUUAUAUUUGAUUGGCGACUUUGGUUUUUCAUUCACGAAAGUUCUUAAAGAUAUUGGAGCAGAAAAUCUAAAAAAAAUUGUUGAGAAAGUUCCUGGUAUUGGUGAUAAUGAGAAGAAAAGAUUAAAAAAGUAUGCAGAGGAAAUUACUAAAUUUAUCUUUUACACCGAAUCUUCUCACGGUCUUAGUUAUUCAGAAUUUUUUGAUAAAAAUAAAAAAGCACUUGUUGAUGAGAGGAAGGCGCCUAGUAGUGGCGAUCAAGAUUGGUACCUUUUAGAAGAUCAAGGAGAUGUUCCUGUUGGUAAGAGGAGUACAUAUCUUACAAUUUAUAAAUAUGCAACUGAAGAUCCAAAAGCAUCUCCAACACUUAAAGAACAAGCCACUCAAACAAAAAAAAUUCCCGAUGAUUGA